CCAGGGCCCAGGCAUUAAAAAUGAUUUUAACAGUUUCAGGGACCACCAUUAGAAGAGCUUCCCUUUCUAAAUUAUCUCGUCUGUUCGCAUCGCCAUCGCCGGCAUUCCCUGUUCAGAUUUGUGCAAAGAUGUCAUCAAAUAAUCGCUCAUCUGGUAUUUCUUCAGGUAAAGUAGGAGUGAACGGAGUAAACCUGUAUUAUGAACAAGCAGGGAACGGCCCUGAACCAGUCCUUUUAAUGCCUGGUGCUCUUGGAUCAACCCAGACAGAUUUCAAACCUCAGCUUGAGAAACUGAACCGAGAUCUACUUACGGUGAUAGCCUUUGAUCCAAGAGGAUAUGGGAAGUCCCAACCACCAGAAAGGGAUUUCCCCUUGGACUUCUUCAACAGAGAUGCCAAAGAUGCUAGGGACCUGAUGCAGGCCUUAGGACACAAGAAAUAUUCUUUGAUGGGUUGGAGCGAUGGUGGUAUUACAGCUCUGAUACUUGCUGGAACAUACACUGAUGAGGUCAAGAAACUUCUCCUCUGGGGAGCUAACUCUUACAUUACUGAAGAUGAUCUAAAGCUGUAUGAAGCUACCCGUGAUGUGACUAACUGGAGUGAAAGAAUGCGAGCCCCAAUGGAGGCUGUGUAUGGAAAAGAGAAUUUUGAGAAAAUUUGGCAUGGUUGGUGCGAUGCCGUUGCCAACAUUUACUCUACCAAUAAUGGAGAUCUCUGCAAAGCGGAAACAAAGAAUAUUCGGUGUCCGACCUUGAUCAUCCAUGGUGACCUUGACGCGAUGGUAGUCCCUGAACAUCCAGAAUAUCUUCAUAAUACAAUUAAAGGAUCAAAAUUGAUAAGAUGGCCCAAGGCAAAGCACAACCUUCACCUCAGAUAUGCAGAUGAGUUCAACAAAGAGGCAGAACAAUUCCUGACUGAAACACAGUCCAACCUAUAGUACACACCAGAAUAUUAUACUCCGGUCCUCAAUCUGGGGUCAUUUAAUAUAUAUUUUCAUAUCACAAAUAGUGUUUGAGUCAUAUUUACUGGUUAAAACCAUUUUUCCUAGCCAUCACACAUUUACAUUUAUGAAUAAAGAGCUGAGUAUUAAAAUUCAUUUUCUCUUUCAGUGGUAAAAGCUUGCUAAAAAUGCAGGUACUGUUGUUAGUUCGCAGCCAAUAACUAGUCUUUUGCAUCAGACAUAUUGCUGACGUUUUGUAUAAUAGCAUCAUACUCGUAAAAGCAAAGACAAAAUCUGUAGAUUCAGCCUAGAUUAUAGGCUAGCAUUGUUAAGGCUUUUACCAUACAUUUCAGCUCAUGUGCACAUAUGCAGCUGUGUGAGCUAUGCACAUAGCACAAAUGACCAGGGUUUUGGUAGGGUCCAAUUAAGCAAUAAACAGGUAAUGAUGUCAAUUAAAUUUAGUAAAGUGAGUUGCGCUAAAUGUGUUUCACCUACUUCCAAAUUCUUAGUUGGUUUUUAGUUGCUUCUCUUUAUAAAUCUGGUGCCUGUUUCAAUGCUAAUUGACCAUCAAAAUCAAGGAUUUUUUUUACUACAGUGAAUUUAUGUAGUGAAGGCAAGAAGACUUUUCAAAAUGAUCAAGAUUCACAAAGCAAAUAUUUUGCAAUUUUGCUAGAUAUAUUAAAAAAAAUCAUUACCACUUUAUGGAGUGGAAUUUCGUAUAUUGAGAUUUGUAAAUAUAAAUUGCCUCCUGUCUGUAUGACUAUACCUAUCAUGACAAUAUAUGAAGCAUGAAAGUAUAUGAAGAGCAGGGACCAGCAAUUGUAUUGUUACAUCACUGUCCUGUAUGUGAAUAUUUCUACCAACCAUUAGAUUGCCUUUUGUAAGUACCUGUCUUGCUAUGAAGGACAAACUAACUCAUGAUUCUGUUAUACUUCUGAAAUAAGUGUCUUGUUGUAUAAUGUUCGUCACAGGGAUGCCAACUCUCUUAAAGAGAAAUGCCAGUAAUUGCAAUAAACACUGAUUUCAUGAGAAAGUCUGUAAAACCAGGCUUAAUUGUG